CUCCUCUACAGCGCGAGAAAGAUGGCGGAGCUGGACAUCGGGCAGCACUGCCAGGUGGAGCACUGCCGGCAGCGAGAUUUUCUUCCAUUUGCAUGUGAUGGUUGUUCAGGAAUAUUUUGCCUUGAACACAGAAGCAAGGACUCUCAUGGUUGUCCAGAGGUGGCAGUACUUAACGAGAGACUGAAGACAGAUAACCAUACUUCUUACUCAUGCUCAUUCAAGGACUGUGCUGAAAAAGAGCUUGUAGCAGUUAUAUGUCCUUAUUGUGAGAAGAAUUUUUGCCUAAGACACCGUCAUCAGUCAGAUCAUGAAUGUGAAAAACUGGAAAUCCCAAAGCCUCGGAUGGCUGCCACUCAGAAACUUGUUAAAGACAUUAUUGAUUCCCAAAUAGGAGAGACAGCAAGUAAACGACGGAAAGGUGCAAAACGUAGCGAAACAGCAGCAAAGGUUGCCCUGAUGAAAUUAAAGAUGCAUGCCAGUGGGGAUAAGUCAUUGCCACAGACAGAAAGAAUUUACUUUCAGGUUUUGUUACCAAAGGGGAGCAAAGAGAAGAGCAAACCCAUGUUCUUUUGCCACCGAUGGAGCAUUGGAAAGGUCAUAGAUGUUGCAGCUUCACUAGCCAGUCUCAAAAAUGACAAUAAUAAGUUAAUGGCUAAGAAAUUAAGGAUAUGUCACAGCACUUCAGGAGAAGCCUUGCCCUUGGUUGAUACUUUGGAAGCCUGGAUUACAAAGGAAGAUUGUCCUUUAUAUAAUGGGGGAAAUAUUAUUUUGGAAUAUCUUAAUGAUGAAGAACAGACUUUAAAAAAUGUUGAUUCCUACUUGGAAUAGUCAAAGAUUCAAACCAGAAGUCAGAAAGAAAAUUCUAUGUAUAUCUUAAGUCAA